CUAGUACACAAACAUACGUAUACAAGAGGCCUAGACCUGAUCUGGAUUAGCGGCUGGAGAUUCGGCUGGCCUUCAAUACACCUCGAAGUCGCAUCAUCUUUGCCAACCUACACAACAGUCCAUUUUCCCCCUAGUCUUAUCAAGCCUUGGUCAAAAUCAGCAGGCGAAUGUCCCAGACCGUGGUGCCAGUCUUCAAUGUCUUAAUCAGGACCCACCAUAUCACGUCCCGCAAAAAGGUCGCGAAGCUGGUCAAGGCGACAGACAAAUAUGCUUGCUAUGUUCUUUUGCGUAGUGGCGGGUCUCCAGGGAUAAUUUACUGCGAGGGCGACGAAGAAGGCGUCAAGAGUUGGGUUUCCACCGUUCAGAAACUUCGGUACAAGGACUACCAGCUGGUGUCCCGACCCAAUACUCUUGUACUGGAGAAGAUGGACGCCAAGGAGAGGCCUGAAAGGGGCCAUCUUCAUGAAGUUGUAGCCGUCAAAGAAUUCGGCGCCAGAAUGGAGUCUCUUGGCAUUUGGGAGUGGUGGAGACAUGCCAUGGGAUAUACCCCCUGAUGGAAUUGAAUUCCCAGCAUUUGAAUAUCUUCCACGGCUUGCAAUUCCAUUUUGCUUCAGUUCGGCUGGCCAUAUUGAUUCGACGGGUUCCCUAUGGCGAUGCAGUAAUCAGAGUGGGGAUCAAUCAAUCAAUCAACUUUGACGUCUCCAAGUUGAUUGAUUGCUUCGUUGAACAGGCUGUGAUUGAUUUGAUUUGAUUUGAUUAAUUUCUGAG